GUGAGAGAGAUGGAGAGAGACGACGGACUAACCAGUAACGGAGUAACCAAUCUAACCAUUCCUGAUUGAAGAUAGGUUGAGACAAAGCGUAACAGAGUAAUAAUCACUAUUUGUCUAAGUUAUGUCUAAGUGAUCGGCGGACCGUAAUUGAGAUCAAGAGAUACGAUUAAUCAGCAUCCAAAUGGCUGGCCCUUCCUCCGACCAGAGUAGUAUCGCCCAGAAGACAUGGGAGCUGUCAAACUGUAUUGAAACCAUCAGCACCAUGGAUGAGAUUUACAGAUAUGAUAGAAAGGAGCAACAAGAUAUAUUAACUGCCAAACCAUGGGAGAAAGACCCCCACUUCUUCAAGGAUAUAAAAAUAUCUGCAUUAGCUCUGUUAAAAAUGGUCAUGCAUGCACGAUCUGGUGGAACAUUGGAAGUGAUGGGCCUCCUGCUUGGUAAAGUAGCUGCAAACACCAUGAUUGUGAUGGAUUCCUUUGCAUUGCCAGUUGAGGGAACUGAAACUAGAGUAAACGCUCAAGCUCAAGCUUAUGAAUACAUGACAGCAUAUAUAGAAGCAGCUAAACAAGUUGGUAGAUUAGAGAAUGCAAUUGGAUGGUAUCACAGUCAUCCUGGAUACGGCUGCUGGUUGUCUGGUAUUGAUGUAUCCACUCAAAUGCUCAAUCAAAAUUUCCAAGAGCCAUUUGUUGCGAUUGUCAUUGAUCCUGUAAGAACCAUCUCCGCUGGCAAAGUUUGUCUUGGUGCAUUCAGAACUUAUCCUAAGGGAUAUAAACCUGCCAACGAGGAGCCAUCAGAAUACCAAACGAUACCACUGAACAAGAUCGAGGAUUUUGGUGUUCAUUGUAAGCAAUAUUACUCCUUGGAGGUGUCCUACUUCAAGUCCGCUUUGGAUAGACGAUUGCUCGAUUCCUUGUGGAAUAAAUACUGGGUGAACACGUUGAGUUCUUCCAGCUUAUUAACGAAUGCAGACUACACCACUGGACAGAUUUUCGAUCUAUCGGAUAAACUAGAACAUUCGGAAUCGGCAUUAGGUAGAGGAUUCGUCCUGGGCGGUACAGAUCCUCACGAUCGUAGUACAGUGGAAAAACUCAUAAAAGCGACCAGAGACAGUUGUAAGACCACUAUUGAAGUUAUUCACGGUUUAAUGGCGCAAAUUAUCAAGGACCGAUUAUUCAAUCACGUUGGCAGUAACGCGUCUUGUGAUCCUCAACAAAAUAAAUAAGAUUCAAACAUAAUGUGUGUGAUAAUAAAACUACUAUGAAAUGUGUAUUUGUAAUAAAGAUAUGUAUCCUCGGUUAAAAUCAAGGUCUUUAGAACAGUUGCUUUGCAAUGCAUUCAAAAUUUCUCGAUUUAUCGUUUCUGUUCGAAAAACUUGCUUAAGGUCAAAAAAUUAAAUUAUAAAAAAUAAUAUCAAUUGUUACAAUCGAGAGAAUGAAAUAUACGUUCGGUGAUUUCUUCAUGAUUUUACGAAGACGUUCUGUGUACAAUGGCGAUUUUUAAAAACGUAGAGUGGAAUAAAAAUACAUUUUAUUUUCA